GUUUAACCUCACAACAUUGACACUAACUCAUUGAAAGACAAAUGACAAGAAUCUAUGUCAAUUUGCCAUUGCUCAACAAAUGCUGAAUUCAAUGACAUACUGAUGUACCAAUGCGUGAUGCAAGGCAAAUGAGCCAAUUUGCUAGUAUCAACGCGUCUAACAUCGCUCAUGACUCAACUCCCCCCACUUAUCAUUUGAUUUAGAUGCCUCAGCUCCCUCAACAUGUUGAGCCAUGCAUGUAAAGCAUCUUUGAUCUGAUCUUCCCCUUAUAAUUAGAGUGUCCAAUUCACCGGAUACAUCAAUAUGUGGAUAUUAUUUUUAUAUUGUAAUACGUGUGCUAAAUUUGAAACACUAUUAAUACCAACAUUAGUAUGAAGCAUGUAUCAAUGUAUCUACAUAUAUAUUCCUUCAAUUUAUUUUCUCUGUAUUGGUUAUUUUAAUUCAUCUUAAUUUAACCUUUUUUUUUUUUGAAAGAAUAACUCAUCUUAACUUAUUUUAACUUUCUUAACUUAUUUUGUUUAAUAUUGUCAAAUAAAAUUAAAUAACGAUGAACAAACCCUAGAGUGUAGUAAGUGCACUAUUACCACCGUUCACCUUUAUUUUUUUUUUCGCAUUUUCCCCACAACCCGUUUCUAUAAGCUUUUUACAAUUUAACUUCAUUUUAUUGACAAACUUAAAUAACAACGUAUCCUUCACCUUACAAUAUUUACCAUCUUCAUUCAACUUUUCUUUUUUUUUCUUACAUCUACCCACAUACUUGUAUUUAAUUAUUUACCCAAUACCCUCUUUUCAAUUGACUAAAUUUCAAUUGAAUACUAAAGGACGUAAAUGCAAAUACAGUGUAAGAACUACGUAGUAUUCUAUAGUACUCAGUGAGAAGAAAGGCCUACUGAAUUAAAAGCUUCACAGAAUCAUAGGUCAACUUGGUCGGGAUUAGUACGUGGUUAUUGUUGGUGGUCAGCGCUGUGGUGGCUGUGUAUCAUCUCCUACACUCUCCACUAUUAUGUUUGCCGGUGAACUCAAGUUUCUCUAUAAUUUUUCUAUAGAAAUUAUAUAAGGUCAAUGAUAAGUCAAUUUUUCUAUAAUAAAAUAUAAACCAACAACUAACAAGUAUGCAUAUCUAGUCAAUAAUCCGUGUUGAAGAAUGUCCGACAAAUCCACAAUAUCUACGCUUCCGGUAAUCAACCGCCAGAUUCUCGCCGGAUUCCACGGCGGUCGUAGGCGGCGAAAUCCCCGACGGCCUGGUUAUAUUAAAGGAGAAACUAGGAUAACUUGAAUUCCGAGGGAAAUGGCAGGACGAGAUGGCAGUGGUGUGGAUGUUAUUUUGCCAAAUUAUAUACUUGGUAAAUCUACUGGCAUUGUGUCAUCUGGCAAGACGAGAACUUCAGAACAUAAAUUGACUGCGCAUGUUGUUACCAUCAAGCGAUUGAACCGGCAGAAGAUAAAAAAUAUGGAAAUGGAAGAGAAAGUGAGAAGAGAGGUGAAUAUUUUGAGAUCAUUCAUGCACCCUCAUAUUAUUCGAGUUUAUGAAGUUGUUGAGACACCAUCAGACUUUUAUGAUGUGAUGGAGCAUGCAAAGUGUGGAGAACUAUUUGAUUACAUUGUGGAAAAGGGUAGGCUGGAAGAGGAUGAAGCACUGAACUUUUUCCAACAGAUAAUAUCAGGAGUAGAGUACUGUCAUGAGAAUAUGGUUGUUCAUCGAGACUUGAAGCCUGAGAACAUUCUAUUGGAUUCACAUCACAACGUAAAAAUAGCAGAUUUUGGUUUGAGCAACAUAAUGCGAGAUGGUCACUUCCUAAAGACCAGUUGCGGAAGCCCAAACUAUGCAGCUCCUGAGUUUACGAUGGAGCAUGAAAGGCAGUGACAAGAUAAAACAGAUAUAAGCAACUUCACAAAUUGGAUUAUAAAAAUUAUGUUAAAAGAACUGCAAUCAAAUUGCUUUCUAGGUAUGUACCUCGUACUGCUUCUUAGACUCUUAGUAUAGGUAUUGUGGAUGAACGUAAUAUUGAUGUCAUUUGAUUUUUAUCAUUGUAGGCUGGGAUUUAUAGGAUGCCAAGUCAUCUAUCACCUGGAGCUAGAGAUCUGAUUUCUAAGAUUCUUGUAGUUGAUCCUAUGAAGAGAAUCAUGAUCCGGGAUAUUCGUCAGCACACAUGGUUUCAAGGUCAUUCUCUAUGCUCCUUAGCCAUGCCACCACCGGAUACUAUGCAACUAGCAAAUAAGGUUUGACCAUAAAAAAUUUCUGCUGCCAAAUUGCACCACAUAUGCUUUUGAACAGUAGUUCUGUGAUGUUUUGAACUGAGACAUUCAGGACUAUCUGCCAGAUUGGAUGCCAUCUUCUUUUGGUGCUUCAAAUUUUGAUAGAACAUCACAAAAUAUGCCUUUGAGGAUUCUUGUACAGCCAUCUAGACAUUCUUCACAAAAUGUGAUUCUUUCCCAUAUUCUGAAAGCACUGCAAAAGCUGAAUGUCUGCUGGAAAAAGAUUGGGCAUUUUAACAUGAAGUGCAAAUGGAUUCCUGGCAUUCUUGGUCAUCAUCAAGUGAUUGUUGAUAACCCAGUACAUAGCUUUGGCGAAGACUCCAGCAUAGGCGCAUAGCUCAACACGGUGCUGCGUUGAGGUCUCCCAAUGCCGUGAUCUUUGGGCCAAUAUAGAGAGGAUAAACUGGUUUAUGCUAGGGUUUUGGGCCAAAAUACGGUCCAGAUCUUUGGGUUUAAAUAAAUUAUCACACUCUUUUGCAAGUGGUCCAAUAAAGAGUCCUCUGUUUUCUUCUGUUUAAGAAACUUUUUAAUAAUGUUAAACCAAAAUUUUACAUAGUAGACAGUUCUGUACCACACUUUAAAAAAAAAAAACAACACUUGUGCAAAAGUAGGAUGGUGCAUGAUAACAA